AACAAUUCCCCUUUUUUCCUUCCUUCUUUCUUUUUGUUUAAUUUUUGUAUGUAAUCUUUCAAAUUAAGGGUCUUUGGGGUGUUCUUAAACAGGGUUUUUACAACUGAGCAGAUUAUAAGAAAGUCUUCGCUGUUUCCUAAGGAAUUCGUUUUGCAAGACUCAUCUGUUGUUCAAACUUGAACUAGGAACUUGGAGAAUGCUUAUUGCCUGCGUAAGGGUUAAAGAUUGAAUCAUAGUAAAAAGUGUCAAUAAGUCCUAUAGCACACGGUAAAUAAGUAGGAUAGAAUAUCCCAUCCAUCGAAGUUAAGAUCUGACUAAGCUUGACUUAGAACAGUUUAUCGGACUCUUUUAUAAGCCACAUAUUCGGUUAAGAACAUGUAAGUUAUGGUAUCAACGACAUUAAGGCGAAUUGUAUUGCCUUGCUGGAAGCCUUCAGUCGAGGGUGAAAAUUCUAGUGGAGGUGCAGUUGGUAAUGGUAGGGUUGAUGGGUUGUUGUGGUACGAAGACUUGGGACAACAUGUUGCGGGUGAGUUUUCAAUGGCAGUAAUUCAAGCAAACAAUCUAUUGGAAGACCAUAGCCAACUUGAAUCUGGUCCAAUCAGCUCGUUUGAAUCGGGUCCCCAUGGGACAUUUGUUGGAAUUUAUGAUGGUCACGGAGGUCCGGAAACCGCUAGGUUUAUAAACGAACACCUUUUCAGCCAUAUCAAGAGAUUUAUGACCGAGAAUCAUGGAAUGUCGGCUGAUGUAAUCAACAAAGCUUUUUUAGAUACCGAAGAAGAAUUUCUUGCUCUGGUCAGACAGCAGUGGGAAAUUAAGCCGCAACUCGCUUCUGUUGGUUCGUGUUGUUUGGUAGGAAUAGUGUGUAGCGGAUUGCUAUACAUUGCAAAUGCCGGAGAUUCUCGAGUUGUUUUAGGCAGACUGGAGAAAGCCUUUGACGAGGUCAAAGCAGUUCAGUUGUCAUCUGAGCACAAUGCAAGUUUUGAAUCUGUACGGGAGGAGUUACAAUCGUUACAUCCCGAUGAUCCACAGAUUGUGGUCCUCAAGCACAAAGUAUGGCGUGUGAAGGGUAUAAUACAGAUUUCAAGGUCCAUUGGCGAUGCAUAUCUAAAGAAGUCGGAAUUCAACAAAGAGCCUCUGUUACCAAAGUUUAGAGUUCCGAACUCGUUUGAGAAGCCGAUCCUACAAGCUGAGCCGGCAAUAUCAGUACAGAAAAUCUGUCCUGAAGAUCAGUUUCUUAUAUUCGCAUCGGAUGGUCUAUGGGAACACCUUAGCAAUCAAGAGGCCGUUGACAUUGUGAACACGAGUCCACGUAAUGGUAUUGCAAGGAGACUCAUAGAAGCCGCUCUUCAUGAAGCAGCGAAGAAGAGAGAAAUGCGAUAUUCGGACUUGAAAAAGAUUGACCGCGGAGUGCGAAGACAUUUUCACGAUGAUAUAACCGUUAUCGUUUUGUUUUUGGAUUUCCAUCUGAUAAGCAACGGCUCGUCUUAUAGACCCCUGGUUUCCAUUCGAGGCAACGGUGGAGUCUCCGGGAGCAGCAAAUACUAGCUCUUAAAGGGCUUAGACCUCUUAUCAUUUACUCACUAUCCUCUCAUUUUGUAUUAAGAAAGAGAUCCACAAAACAUAUGAUAGAAUUAUUUAGAUUGUGCAUAAUAAUAUAUAUAUAUAUAUAUUGAUGUAAUUGAAAAAGCUAAGAAUUCAAUGAUAUAU